AUGAGUUCCAUAACCCUUAGUAUUAUAUUUGUAUAUAUCGAUAUACCGUCUAAGGCACCUCCAGUUAUCAAAAGCAAUCGCCCUCCUCCUGGUUGGCCUUCAUCGGGGUCCAUCAAGUUUCAGGAUGUGGUUUUACGUUAUCGACCUGAACUUCCCCCUGUCCUUCACAGUGUCUCCUUUCUAGUCCCAAGUGACAAGGUCGGAAUUGUUGGACGAACUGGAGCAGGGAAAUCAAGCAUGUUUAAUGCAUUGUUCCGUAUUGUAGAACUUGAGCGCGGGAUGAUAUCUAUUGAUGACUGUGAUGUGGCCAAAUUUGGACUUACUGAUCUGCAUAAAGUUCUCGGAAUCAUACCUCAAGCACCUGUUUUGUUUUCAGAGGAUUUCGAUGAACACAAUGAUGCUGAUCUAUGGGAAGCUUUAGAGAGAGAGCCCAUUUGAAGGAAGUCAUCAGGAGGAAUCCUUUCGGUUUGGUUGGUGUGUUAUCGACUUUUUAACCUUGCAAGUUAUAAGUGAUAAAUUUGUUAACGGACUACACAAUAAGAUCCCGCAUAAGAGGAAAAGAUUGAAAAAAAUAAUCUUAUUAUUAAAAAUAAUUCUCCAAAUAAGCUUUAGAAAAUUUUAAUUCUCAAAAUAAGCUUCUCCAUGCUAAAACUGAGAUCAGGUAUGAUCUCUAUUAUUAUAUGCGAACAAAUAAACUGGUAAAAGAAAAUCAAAAUUCUUUGUCUGCUAUUAGUUAUCAAAAUAUUCUGAAGCUUAUUUUGAGAUUUUUUUUCCGAACUUUUAGGAUUUUUUUUUGAUAAUAAGCUUAAUUUUUUCAAUUUUUUCAUAAGAGGAGAGUUGACUGCUUAUAAACCCGAUGAGGUUCCAUCCUAAACCAAUUGGAUUUAAAAGGAGUAACUCAUCAAGUAUAUGUGCUAGUCAACCUCUUUCUAAUUGUUUGACGCGGUGCCAUGCCCUAAAAUUGAGUGAACCUUCGAGUUACAUUGCUAAUGUAAUUAGUGAAUCGAUGUAUAGUAUUCCUUUGGAUAGCAUUCGGGUGGGUUUUACUUAUUUCAGAUGAAAUCUUUCCAUUAUCCCUAAAUAUUCUGUUUAAAACUCUAAUUAUCAAUAUUUAUAAUUUUUCUAUGUCAAUUAAAA